AUGCAAUGCAAUGACAGUGUAAAUGACAUUCAAUGGUAUUGUAUUGUAUUGUAGAGCAUGUGUUGAGUGUAUGGCAUUGGGAGGAAAGGGAGUCUCAGUGAUGCCAUCCCAAUGUCAUCCCACACACACACAAACAGUUGCACAGUCUGUCUGUCAGUCUAUGUAAUGGCCGUACAAAUGACUGUUGAAGACAUGAGUGUAUCGUUGAUACAUAUCUUUGAUAUGUUUGCCGUAUAGUUAUAUUCAGUGAUAAUCUGUUGUCGUAACCAUUGACUGUACUAUUAAUUGUCGUCAAUUGUAUCAUCAAAUGGCACCCAAUUUGUGAUCAAUUGUCUUAAUACGUCAACCCAUUUGUUGUCUUUUCUCUUUCACAUACUUUCUCUUCGUCAACAACUGUCUCGUCAGCUGUUAUUUCAGUCAUCUUUGAAUCGUUAUCUCAAGCAAUCAAUCAUCACAUUCAUUGAUAUUACAAGUAGUGGUAAUUACAAGACAGCUAUUAAACGUUAAUUUCAUAUUAAUUGUAUCGUCAGUUGAGAGCGACGCUUGUGUUGACACAAUUGACGCGACCGACGGUUGCGGCUCAACGUAUCUAAUGGUCAAAGAGAAACCAAACUCUACCCGAACUUAUGAUGAGGACGGCUUCAGAAGGAGAGCCGCAUGUCUUUGUGUUAAAGAUAAAGACGAAAAUGAGAUAUUACUAGUGACCAGUAGUCGAGCACCCGAUCGUUGGAUUGUUCCGGGCGGAGGCCUUGAACCCGAUGAAGACCCGAGCACUGCGGCCAUUAGGGAGACCAUAGAAGAAGCCGGGGUUAAGGGUAUACUUAGACGAUGUUUGGGCACAUUUGAUAAUCCCGAACGUAAACACAGGACAUCCGUAUUCAUAAUGCAAGUGACCGAAGAACUUGAAGAAUGGGAAGACUCUGAGAGUCGUAAGAGGGAAUGGUUUACAGUUGAAGAGGCAUUAAGACUUCUGGAGAGCCACAAACCCAUUCAAACAACUUAUGUGAAACUUCUUGUCAAAGAUACAAAUCUGAUGCCAUCGUAGCGAUGGACACACAUUAGCUAACAUAUUAGCUUAUGAUUUGAUUUUGUUUUUAAUAUACUUUACUUGACUUUAAGGUCUUCUCUUAUAAAUGUUUUUAUUAAUACUGUAUUAUUAUUAUCAAUGAUAUUAUUAUUAUAAGAGAU